AUGAUGGAAUCUAGCGCGUCUACUUUUAAUCCACUUUUAGAUCAUUUCAUACAAGAAUUUAACUGCGACCCUUCUGAUCGUGAAGAUUUAUCUUUGUUUCUUUUGGGACAUUGUACAGCUUUUCAAGUUGAUGCGGCGAAAGAAAUCGAACGAGUUCGAAAAAAAUAUAUAAAACGAAAUGGAAGAAAGGCUGCCCUUUUUGAGGACAUAGUACAUCGACUGCAAAUACGACAAGAUUUGAUGGAUGCAGACAAAUUAGUUCUGUUUCUUGUAGCCUAUGCUGCGGGCGAUCGGUAUGCUAAGAAAGCUGAGCGAAGUGCAAAGCUGAGAUUAGUAAAUGCAAAUACCAGUACUACUUCGAUAACACCGAUAUCCCGACAACGUACCACCAGAUUUGCUCUAAGCCAUUCGACGACACCAAGUACCAGGAAUAGCGAUGAAAGCUUUUUUUCGCCCGAACACGUACAGCUUUUAAGUCCACAGACUUCUGCACUUACCGGACGAGCGGCACAUCCUUCAGUUUUAUCUGAAGACGAACUGACAAGACAUGUACUGAUGGCUUUGCAAGGUAUCGAAGGUACUUACAUUAUAUGUCGCGAUCACAGGCAUGCUGAGUUACAAUUAGGCGAAAUGUUUGCAAUCGACGACACUUUACGAUUUCAGCUGUUACGAUUGUUGCCCAUCGCAAGUGCUUAUUUGCAUUUACAACAUGAAUCACAAAAACCGUCCUCGGAUCGUCUUGUUCUAGCUUUCUACACAGGUUUGUCCGAAGUAUUAUCAAGUUACAUGAACCUCGUCUCCAUGUUAUAUACAAAGUACAUGUCCAAUCGAGGAUCGUUUACUUGUUUGGAUGUUUUGGUUGCAUUGUCUAAUUGGGAAAUUUUGUUGCCACUUUUUUCGAAAUUCAUUCUUACUUUUGACGAUCUCAAAGGGAUGCAUAUUUUCAAUAUGCUCUGCUCAUUUUAUUGGAGUAUCUCCAAUAAAUUUAUAACACAAUUUCUGCACGUGAUAUUGCGCCCUAUGAUGUAUAUUUUUCAUGAAUGCCUUCAUAACUGGCUUGUUUAUGGUCGAUUGAUGGAUCCUGGUUUCCGAUGGAUGAUCGAAUCGCAAAACAAAUGGGCUGUGGAAGAAAAUUGGUUAAAUGAAUAUAUAAUAAUAGAUGAUGCAGUACCAACAAUCUUCCAACAGUUUGAAGGACUAAAAGAAAAGAUUUUUAUUGUUGGGAAAAGCGUAACCCUUUUGAAUUUGAUGGGUAUGGAAGAUGACGAUUUGCACGAAAGACAACGCAUAUUUUCUUCGGUUGAUCCAUUGAAAUGCUAUUUAUUUGUUUCAGCUGGUCAUCAUCUUUGGCGUACUGUUAAAAAGUUAUGUUGUCAAAUGAGUGGCAAAGUUUCACAGAAUAUCGUUCAAAAAUAUAACUUUCAUGCUCAUAUAUUGGCGAUUGAGCAGCAUUAUUUGUUGAGCGACGAAAAUUUUGCAUUAACCUUUUAUGCAAAAUUGAUGGAAAAAACAAGUGAUAACGAUGAUAUGUUGAAAUUGAAUUCGAAUCAAGUUUCUGAUGCAUUCACUGCAGCCAUUCAGCAGUGUAAGAGUUGGCCAAAAAAUAUUUUGAAAGGAGCAACGAUUGAUGCAACUUGUGGUAGAAUAGAAGGAAUUAAUGAAGCAGGUGAUUCAUGUAUCAUUGCAAGUCCUCGAGAUCAAAAUGGCUGUGCAACCAUUCGCUUGAAUUAUGAGUCUAAAAUUCCGAUCUCAAUUGUUCUGAGCAAAAGUGCAAUGGAACGUUACGAUAAUGCAUUUGAAUUUAUAUGGCUUUUGCUUUCAACUGAUUUUCAACUUACUGCUGCUUUGUUGGAUCACUACUGUUUUAUGAAGAAUGAACCGUUGUCUGAUGCUACACUAGUGGUGAAUAUGUUCACAGUUUCUUUUGCUCGAAUGUCUCAAAUUUUGAGUAUUGUGCGUUCCUAUAUUUCAAAUAGUAUUGUGUUACGUCGUCGAACAUCCUUGUUUCUUGAAAUGGAUGAUGUUGAUGAUCUAGAUGGUAUCAUAGAGGCACAUAGUCGUUACCUUGGACAACUUGAAGAAGACCUUUUCUUAAAUGAAGAAACCACGAUGGUCGAUGCAAUUGAGGCUCGUAAACGUUUCAAUGAACAACAGAAAUUUUUGGCUCACAAAGAUGUUUAUGAUACCAAAUUUUUCGAACAAGAGGAAGAACGGAUUCGCUUGGAAGAAUUGCAACAACAUUUAGAAGAAUGUUAUCAGCCAAAAGUGAAAAAUCUAAAUUCCAAAUUUGUGCUGCUUAUACGGGAUAUACUCAAUAUUUUAACGGCACCUCCACGCAAAAUCCAUUAUGUUGAACUUGCACUGCGAUUAGAUUUUACUGGCUUUUAUCGAAACUGUGAAAUUUAA